GCAGGCGCGAGAUAUUGUUCUCUCCCUCGCAGCUAACUUCUCUGUCUUACCCUGUCCUUUUGUGAUAAUUUGCGAAACGUCUACUACGUUUCCGUGUGGAAAAAAAAUUAUAUUAAAGAAAUCACAUUAGGGCAUGGUCGAUACAGUUUUUCAGUCGAAAACCCGUGAUAUAAAAUCUGACGUGAUUAAGUUUUUUCGUGCCAAGUGCAACUAAACUAUCAAGAUUCCGCCGAUAAUUCAAAGCCUACCCAGUGGGUGGCUUAAAUUGGGAGCACCGGGUGAGUCCGGCGCAGGUCGCAGUGCCGCGCGCCACGCCGCUAGCCCCGCGGGCCGUUGUUGGCGCCGCACCCUGAACGUGGACCCUCCCUGGCUGCGACGAGCGCCCGCCCGCUGACACAACACGCUCACGACCACCUGACCCUUGUGGACUGGCCAGCUCUCACCCACCUGACACCCGCACCGCACCAUAACCGAACCAUGAAGGUAACCGAGCAGCACGUCACAGUGAUGAAGGGUCCCUGGAGCCCGGCGUCCGUGGCCAGGGACACGGUGGACCGCGGGCACGAGGAACCCUUCUACGUCAUGGACCUGGGAGAGGUGGUCCAGAGGUACAACACCUGGAAGGAGCUGAUGCCGCGCGUCGAACCGUUUUAUGCUGUGAAAUGCAACGACGACAGGUUGUUGGUGAGCACGCUGGCGGCUCUGGGCGCCGGCUUCGACUGCGCCUCCAAGGCUGAGAUAGAACUCGUCACCAGCCUCGGAGUCACACCAGAUCGUAUAAUCUUCGCCAACCCCGCCAAGCUGUCCUCUCACAUCCGCUACGCUCGCGAGGCCGGCGUCACGGUGCUGACGGUGGACUCGGACACCGAGCUGGUCAAGAUAAAACAACACAUGCCUGAUGCCGAGCUGGUGGUCCGUAUCCGCUGCGACGCGGCGUCCGCGCAGUGUCCUCUGGGGAUCAAGUUCGGCUGCGACCCGCUGCUGGAGGCGCCUCGCUUACUGAAGCUGGCCGCUGUCCUCGGACUCAACGUGGUGGGCAUAUCCUUCCACGCCGGGUCAGGUGCGGGUGAGAGCGCGGUGUACUCGCGCGGGAUCCGCCUCGCCCGCGCGCUGUUCGAGGCGGGCGACGCCGCCGGCCACCGCAUGUCUCUGCUGGACCUGGGGGGCGGAUUCCCCGGACACCACGGCUCCUCCAUACGAGAGGUGUCCGAGGUGAUAUCCGAGGCUCUGGCCACGUACUUCCCCAGCGGCGGGGUGCGCGUGAUCGCGGAACCCGGUCGCUACUUCGCAGCAGCUGCUUACACUCUGUUCACGCUCGUACACGCCAAGAGACAGCUGCCUGCUGACGGCGAGGAGGACCCUCACACCAUGUACUUCAUCAACGACGGUGUGUACGGCUCCUUCAACUGUGUGCUGUACGACCAUCAGGUAGUCACUCCAGAACUACUACAAGAGUCGACCGGGGCCCCACAGACUUGUUCUAUAUGGGGUCCUUCGUGCGACGGUCUGGACUGUGUGAUAGAGUCCUGUCUCCUGCCUCCUCUCGCUGUGGGAUCGUGGCUAGAGUGGCGCAACAUGGGCGCCUACACCAUCCCCAUCGCUUCACCGUUCAACGGCUUCCCCGUGCCCACGGUCAAGCCCGUCCUGGACUACAGGCUGUGGGUGCUCCUCCGCGACAUGUGGUCGUCGACGGGCGCUGUGUUCAGCCACUCGUGCCCGCCGCCGUCCUCUCCCGUGGACUCCAGCCCGUCACCCUCGCUGUCACUCUCCCCCUCCCCCUCCCCCGAGGGCUGGGCGCGCGGCAACGAUCUCUGCGAGCUGCCCAACUGUUAAUGUCCAUCAGACGAUAGUUCCACCGCAGACCACUAAUGACAUCCAAAGAUCACGUGACGAGAAUUAAAAGCCUCUCUGACGGAACGGGUAGUCGUAUACUGUUAUACACGGCGCCGAAGCGAUGGAAGGAUUCGUUAACUUUAGUUGUCUGCGGUUGAGCUUCUAGUCGGUACGGUGUCGGGUCUCGCCUGUAUUUGUGUUAUCGCUCAUAUAGUUGGUGUCUCGUGUAUUGGAUUGUAUUAAAACCUACGUUUCGUUUAUCAAUCGCGUGUUGAUUUUGUGUGAUUUCUUUUAUAUAAUUUUGAACCGCGUCCAAACAUUCCAUCUUUAACGGGACGCGGCGACGUAUUAAUUUUUCUCGCUUACUAACAUUUUUUUUUGUUCGUCCUGUAGUUUGACCUUUGCACAAUGUUUAAUGCCAUUUUUUAUUAUAUUUUAUUAUUCACGAUGUGUUUGUUACGUUUGGCUCUGUUUGAUAAAAUUUCAGCCGUUUUCAUAUUUAGUACUAAAUAAUAUAAAUAAAAUUAAUAUUUUUUAUUUCUCUAAUGUAUACAUAAAUGUAGUUUUGAAUUCUUGUAACUUUUAAAUGCAUAUGUACUCGUUAGAUUUCAGAAUUGUAGAAUGCUUAUGAAAUAUAUUGGUGAACUAUGUA